AUGGCGGUCCCAGCAGCCCUGGCAGGACUCCAGGCAGAAGCCAACUGUCCCGUCUGUCUGGAUUACCUGAGAGACCCCGUCACCACCGAAUGUGGGCACAACUUCUGUCGCUGCUGCAUCCAGCAGUCCUGGGCUGAUCUGGAGGACAGGUUCCCGUGCCCUGUCUGCCGUCACUCGUGCCGAGAGAGGCACUUGAGGAGCAACACCCAGCUGGGAAGGAUGAUUGACGUUGCCAGGCUCCUCCACGUCACCAGGAGCAAGAAGAGGAGGCGGGAAGAGAAACACUUGUGUGAGAAGCACCACCAGGUCCUGACCCUCUUCUGUGAGGAGGACCUCGAGGUGUUGUGUCCCGAGUGCACACGGCCCCCUGACCACCAGGGCCACCAGGUGAGGCCCACGCAGGAGGCCGCCUCUCAUCAUAGGCAAAGGCUCAGCUGCUACAUCAGGCCGCUGAAGAAGCAGGUGGCCGACGUUCUGAGACUAGUCGGCUCCCAGGAGAGAAAACUCCUAGAACUGAGAGAGAAGCUGCAGGACCAGAGACAGAAACUAACCUCGGAGUUUGAGCAACUGAACGCGUGCGUCGACCGGGAGCAAGAGGCUGUCCUUUCCAGGCUCGCUGAGGAGGAGAGAGACAUUCAGCGGAGGCUCUGCGCCAACAUCACGGCAUUCUCGGAGCACGUGUCCACCCUGCACCGCCGGCUGAGCGAGGUGGCGGCCAGGAGUGUGCUGUCGGACGUGCAGCUGCUGGCGGGCGUCAGGAGCAGCCGGGACAGGUGUGAAGGCCUGCGGCCGCCGGCGCUCUACUCUUUCCAGUUAAGGCCGGAAGCGUGCAGCCUUCCCCCGCAGCACUCGGCGCUGCGGAAAAUCAUACAGAAGUUCCGACAAGAAGUUACUCUGGAUCCCGAGACCGCGCAUCCUCAUCUGCUCGUGUCCGAGGAUAGAAAGUCUGUGACAUUCGUGCGCAAAAGGCCGGGCGUUCCUCAGAAUGCGAAGAGCUUUCGGACGGAUCCGGUGGUCCUGGGCUCCGAGGGCUUCGACGGUGGCCGCCAUUACUGGGAGGUGCGGGUGGGUGACAAGCGGGAGUGGGCCGUGGGGCUGUGCGCGGACGGCCCUUCUGGGCAGGGCGGGCGGCCCCCGGCAGGACGGCGCAGGCGCUGGACCAUUCAGCGGCGGGCGGGCUGCUGCGCCGCGCAGGGAGCUGCUCGUGUGGCUCUGGCGCCCACGGAGAAGCCCACAGGGCUCGGCGUGUACCUGGACUAUGAGUUGGGGGAGAUUUCCUUCUACCGUUUGAAUGACAGGGCUCACAUCCAUUCCUUCACCGAUGCGUUUUCGGAAGUCCUGAGGCCUUACUUCUGGGUGGGGCGCGACUCCAAACCUCUCACCAUCUGCGCGGCCAGAGACGAGGAGGGAUGA